AUGCAGCUCCCUUUCCCCUUGGUCAGCUUCUUGGGCUUGCUUACAAGUGCUCUAGAAAGCUGGACAGGCGGCUUCUCCGGCACUUUGGGUAAUGAUGAGACGUUCGACUAUGUCGUUGUCGGUGGUGGUACUGCUGGGGUGACUCUCGCGGUUCGUCUGGCUGAGCAGAAACUCCGGGUGGCUCUCGUUGAGGCCGGGGAAACAUACGAACUCAGGUCCCCAGUAGCAGCCAUUCCUGGCGCCGCCAGUAUAGGUGUUGGCUCUGAUAUUCAAUCCUCCACAGCAAUUGACUGGAAGUUUGUGGCUAGAAAUGUCACAGGUGCUAAUCACCGUGAUAUUCAUUAUCCCCGAGGCAAAUGCCUUGGAGGAUCGUCAGCUCUGAACUUUAUGGCCUACCAAAGGGAGUCGAUGCAGCUUUGGGCUGAUCUUGUUCAGGAUCAGAGUUACACUUUUGACAACACUCUGCCCUAUUACCAGAAGACCGUUCAGUUUACGCCCCUGACACGCUGCGACGCGCCGCAAAUGCUACAGCGCAAUACAAUCCUGAUGCUUUCGCUCAUGGAGGACAACGCCCACUUCACCGGGUCAUUGCUCGGGGCUCAGUAUUGCAGCUUUACCAUUCGACCGUCUGAUGAGACAAGGAGCAGCUCGCAAGCCGCCUUUCUGAGCCCGCUACCUUCAUCAACUUACCUGAAAAUAUAUCAGGGUACGAUGGCAAAGAGAAUACUAUUCAACCCACAAAAGCAAGCGUCUGGGGUGCAAGUGAGCGAUCUACUGCGAACUUUCACCCUCAACGCGGAGCGAGAGGUGAUGAUAUCGACAGGUGUAUUUCACACCCCGCAGCUCUUGAUGGUUUCUGGAAUCGGGCCGGCCGAUACUCUUUCAGAACACGGCAUUGAUGUUGUUCAGGAUGCCCCUGGUGUAGCUCUCGAGACUUUCACGAAAGUGCCAACAGAUCUAUCAUAUCUCACACGGCAAAUGGCUCAAUAUAUAUUCUCCCAUGGAGGGGUACUCACCAAUCCAGUCAUCGACUACCUUGCAUUUGAGAAGAUGCCGGAUUCCUUUCGUUUGAACUUCUCAGUCCAGACGAUCAAGGACCUUUCGUGGUUUCCGGAUGACUGGCCGGAGAUCGAGUACAUUUCAUCAGCUGCCUACGUGGGAAAUUUCUCGAAUCCUCUUAUCUCGCAACCCUCGGGUGGUAAGCAAUAUGCAACGAUCCUGGGCACACUUGUUGCGCCGACGUCUCGCGGAAAUGUGACUAUUGCCUCGAAUGAUACCUCAGAUCUGCCUAUAAUCAACCCAAACUGGCUCUCAUCAGAGGCGGAUCAGCACGUAGCGAUUGCGGCAUAUAAGCGUAUCCGUGAUAUGUUUCACAGCGAAGCCAUGGCGCCGAUUGUUGUGGGAGAUGAGUACUUCCCGGGGAGUCAGUAUCAAACGGACGCAGAAAUCCUCGGAGUUAUUCGCAAUACAGUGAUGACUAUAUAUCACGCUGCAUGUACUUGCAAGAUGGGAACACAAGACGAUCCUAUGGCCGUCCUCGACAGCCGGGCCAGAGUCUUUGGUGUCGAUAGGUUGAGGGUUGUGGAUGCCAGUGCAUUUCCCAUCCUGGGGCCAGGACAUCCUCAGUCCACUGUCUAUAUGCUUGCGGAGAAGAUUGCAACCGACAUCAUCUCCUCAUUAACCUGA